UUUGCGUAUGUCCAUACAAGUUUCAGGUUAAAUUUCCCAAUUGCUUAAUAAAAGGAGGUUUUCCACAGCCCCCCUAGGUUUUCCCGCGCGUUUUUGACAGUUGACAGUUUGUUUUUUUACGGCGAAACGGUUAUCGGUGAAACAGUGUGUGAGUGAAAUGUAGUUGAGACCUGACGGUACAAUAAUGUUAAUGUUGUAUGUUAUGGCGGAUUACUGUGGGAUUUACAGCUGAUUUUGAGUUGAGAUGGCGUAACCUGCGCGCAAGAUGGCGGCGGUGUCGUCAGUCCACCUGGCCGACUCCAGGAUCAAGAUACAAGAUCACAGCGACGAGGAGCCCUACUCUCCAAACACCAGAGACACUACCAGCCCCGAGUACCAUGACGAUGAGAAACCAGACGACCGGCCUUUACACACAUCCUCUUUCUCCAUACACAAUGUACUAAAGAAAGAAAGAGACGUCAAUAGUCCAGAAAACGUGUUUUCAACUGAUAAGUUACUACAGAAUACUCCAGGGUACGAAGACAAUCAUGACAAUUCCAGACUAUCUGAAAGCGUAAGCCCUAACAAUAUAGAGGAUGAUGAUCACACAAAUGGAUCUAGAGCAGAAAUCAGUAUAGACGAUGACAAUUCAUGCUGCAGCGAUGACACUGUCUUGUCAGUUGGUAACGAGGCUCCUGUGUCAAGUUUUGACACGAAUAGCGAUAAGAACAGCCCAGAAACGUCACAAGGACUGACGUCUUUUAAACACAUACAGACACACUUAAAUGCAAUAUCUCAACUAAGCCAAAAUUUGAAUAUGAAUCAGCCUUUGCUCUUACGGCCGAGUCCUAUAACACCAAACCCCUUAAUGUUCCUAAACCAGCCGUUGUUAUUCCAAAAUCCAUUAAUCAACCAGGUGGAUCUCAAAUCUGGAAUCAAUGGCCUGAACAGAAUGCCGAUUCCUCAAAACAAUAUGAACCUAAACCCGCAGCAUUACGGUUUGAACUUCGGGAUUAGGAAAAACGGGAGUCAGACUCAAGAAUUGAGGAGUACUAGAACCGAUGAGAACCGAAGACUUAACUAUAUGAGUCCGAAAUCGCCUGAUAACGAAUCCGAAAGAGACUUUAUCAAUCAGAAUUGCUUGAAGUUUAGUAUAGACAAUAUUUUGAAAGCAGAUUUCGGGAGGCGGAUAACAGAUCCUCUAAAUAAAAGAAAGACGAUGAAAGCCAGGCAGUUUGAGGCGAAGACUGUACCAGUUAAAGAGGUGCCGUUGCCUUCGAAGCCAGAAGUGCUGGAGUCGAGAGUGCCAGAGGUGAAACCGAGUGAGAAAGUGGGGGCGAUAGAUCUGUCGAAGGGAGACGACAGCGGGAGCAACCAGGGGUCUACGACAAGUACAACGGCGGGCGAGGGCCCGAUGGUGUGGCCGGCGUGGGUGUACUGUACGCGGUACAGUGACCGGCCCAGUUCCG